AUGCAUUUGAGAAAAAGUAAACCGUCACCGGCUAAUCGUCUUCCGAGCUUGUAUAUUCCAACAUUGAUUCAGUCAGAGUCAAGCUAUCAACGAGAAUUGCAACGUAAAUUACAACAUAUUGAACAUGAAAAUAACGAUAUUGUUCGGCGUCGUUUAACUACUGAUUAUUUAUUUACUCACGAGCAUUUGAAAAAACGCUAUCAAUGGUUCAAUCUUGACAAAUCCUUUCGAGAAACAUGUCAAUUUGCCUGGUCAAAGCAAAAGAAUCGUACAGAACAUGUUCGUCUACCAGACAUUUGUCCGAAAGGAAAUGGUUCGAUACAAACUGAUCUUUAUGAACUCGAAGGAAACGAUAGUUCAACUGUAGCGAAUGAAAAGAUUACACAAAAGUUUUUACGUACACAACCAGUGAUGAUUGAAAUCUUGAAUACUCCUCAUUCAUACGAAGCAUUCAAGUAUAAAUACGAUAUGGGCGUGCGUAAAAAGAGUGCUCAACAACGGCAUGGACAAGUUCAACGAAAUGCUAUUGACGACCAACGAUAUUUAAGACUAGUUGGCAGUUUGCAAGACAAUUGA